AGUUUGCAAGAUGUUGUUUGGGGGUAUUCCUGGAGCUAGUAGAGCCGUCAGUGUUAGUCCUCUAGGGGAAUAUUUUGUUCUUGUAUGCGCUCUGUGUGCGUUUACAGAUUGUAGGUGUAGCUCGCACAUUUUCUGAGGACAACCAGCGAGUAGAACACAGCCUCCACCGUUUUGGUACGACCAACAAGGUUUCCUGCAGAGACAGAGAGCUUUUGAAGUCUUCACAUCAGUGUAGUGCGCCUGCCCCAUGACCGUAAAAGCGACGGAUUUGCGUCGGAGUUUACACGGAGUGUGAUAUCUCCUCUUGUACUGUAAAAAAAACCGAACUCUACAAAUACAAGCAAAUUAGCCGGACUGAAACACUACGGAAGAGCGCCUUGCUCGGAAGCAUGUCUACUCCGAAACAACCAACCGCCGUCAUCGAGCGAAAGUGGUCUCGCCUCCUCCUGAACUACGCCUUGCACACCACAAUUGGGAUAUGUGGUAUUGCACUCAUGCCCCUCUUGAUCGUGAGCCACCGUUUCCAAGAAAACUUCUUCGCUUUCAUCUACGUGAUCCUACAGCGGUUCAUGAAUGACGAAGUGGCCAUGAUUCGACGAACCAUCAUGUCCCAUCUCGACGACAUGUCUCCGCAAGAGCCCUCGUUAAGUCCCCGCGGUUCACUGCGCGUGUUGGAAGUCGGAGCAGCCUAUGGACCAAAUCUCGAGUUCAUCCUGCGACCCGUCGAGUACUGGACGGUGGAGCCGAACAGAAACUUCGAGGAUUCGUUCAUGCGAAACCUUCAGAGAAACUCGAACGUGGAGAUGCAGCGAUUGAUCACGGGAUACGGGGAGGACAUGCGCAUGUUGCCAGACGGCUACUUCGACGCAGUUGUCCUCUGCUUCGUACUUUGCUCGGCAAAGGACGGAUCGAAAGUCCUGGGCGAAUGCAAGCGUGUAUUAAAGAAGGACGGUCGCCUUCUCUUCGCUGAGCACGUCGCCCACGAGAAAGGCACUUUCUCAAGGUUUAUACAAAAUACCCUGACCCCACUGACCAAGAAAUUUGCCUGCGGUUGCCACAUGAAUCGCGAAAGCGGUGUUCUGCUGAAAAAUGCCGGUUUCUCUGCCAUAGAGAUAAAUGCGGUUCACCUGAACCUGCCUGUACUGCUCAGCUAUAACAUCUAUGGCGUUGCGACAGCAUGAAACACUUGUGAUAAAGCGAGCUGUGCUAAAGAAAA